AUGGCAGCGCCGGGCGACAGGUUGGAGCCGCCGCCGCUCCCCGAGUACAGCUGCAGCUAUGUGGUGUCGCGGCCGGUCUACAACGAGCUCUCCUUCCAGCAGCAGUACGAGCAGCGCCCGAAAGAGCGCAAGACGCUGAGAGAGAACCUGGCCCAGGGCUGCAGUUGUUCAAGAAAGAGAACCCUUCGCAUAGUGAAGACUCUCCUGCCCAUCUUGGACUGGCUUCCCAAAUACCGGAUCAAGGAAUGGCUACUUAGUGAUAUCAUUUCAGGAGUUAGUACUGGUCUAGUGGGAACACUUCAAGGCAUGGCGUAUGCUCUACUAGCUGCUGUUCCUGUCGGAUACGGUCUCUACUCUGCUUUUUUCCCUAUCCUGACCUACUUUAUUUUUGGAACGUCAAGACACAUCUCAGUUGGACCUUUCCCAGUGGUCAGUUUAAUGGUGGGCUCUGUUGUUCUGAGCAUGGCCCCCGACGAACACUUUCUCGUAUCCAGCAGUAACGGAACUGCACUGAAUACCACCGUGAUAGACUUUGCAGCUAGAGAUGCAGCAAGAGUAUUGAUUGCAAGCACCCUUACUCUUUUGGUUGGAAUCAUACAGUUGGUAUUUGGAGGUUUGCAGGUUGGAUUCAUAGUGAGGUAUCUGGCAGAUCCUCUAGUUGGUGGAUUCACAACAGCUGCUGCCUUCCAAGUAUUGGUCUCACAGCUAAAGAUCGUCCUCAAUGUUUCAACCAAAAACUAUAACGGAAUUCUCUCCAUCGUCUAUACACUGAUUGAGAUUUUUCAAAAUAUUGGUAACACUAAUCUUGCUGAUUUCAUUGCUGGCUUACUCACCAUUAUCAUCUGUAUGGCGGUUAAGGAAUUAAAUGAUCGAUUUAAACACAAAAUCCCAGUCCCUAUUCCUAUAGAAGUGAUUGUGACAAUAGCAGCUACUGCCAUUUCAUAUGGAGUUGACCUGCAAAAAAAUUAUAAUGCUGGCAUUGUUAAAUCCAUCCCAAGUGGGUUUUUGCCUCCAGCGAUGCCAUCUGUGAGUCUGUUUUCUGAGAUGCUGACUGCAUCAUUUUCCAUCUCUGUGGUCGCUUAUGCCAUUGCAGUGUCUGUGGGAAAAGUAUACGCCAUCAAGCAUGAUUACACCAUCGAUGGGAAUCAGGAAUUCAUCGCCUUUGGAAUCAGCAACAUCUUCUCUGGAUUAUUCUCUUGCUUUGUGGCUACCACUGCCCUGUCCCGCACCGCUGUCCAGGAGAGUACUGGGGGAAAGACACAGAUUGCCGGCAUCAUCUCAGCUGGGGUCGUGAUGAUCGCCAUCGUUGCCCUGGGGAAGUUGCUGGAACCCCUGCAGAAGUCAGUCUUGGCAGCUGUUGUAAUUGCCAACCUGAAGGGGAUGUUUAUGCAGGUGUGUGACGUUCCUCGUCUGUGGAGGCAGAAUAAGACUGAUGCUGUUAUCUGGGUAUUUACGUGCAUAGCAUCCAUCAUUCUGGGAUUGGACCUCGGUUUACUAGCUGGCCUUGUAUUUGGAUUUCUCACUGUGGUCCUGAGAGUUCAAUUUCCAUCUUGGAACAGCCUUGGAAGUAUCCCUAGCACAGACAUCUACAAAAGCACCAAUAAUUACAAAAAUAUUGAAGAACUUGAAGGUGUGAAGAUUCUGAGAUUUUCUAGUCCUAUUUUUUAUGGCAACGUUGAUGGUUUAAAAAAAUGUAUCAAGUCCACAGUUGGAUUUGAUGCCAUUAGAGUAUAUAAUAAGAGGCUGAAAGCACUGAGAAAAAUACAAAAGCUCAUCAAGAAAGGGCAGUUAAGAGCAACAAAGAAUGGCAUUAUAAGUGGUGCUGGUUCAUCAAAUAAUGCUUUUGAGCCUGAUGAAGACAUUGAAAAUCCAGAAGAACCUGAUAUCCCAACCAAGGAAAUAGAGAUCCAAGUGGAUUGGAACUCUGAGCUUCCAGUCAAAGUGAAUGUUCCUAAAGUGCCAAUCCAUAGCCUCGUACUUGACUGUGGAGCCGUCUCUUUCUUGGAUGUUGUUGGAGUGAGAUCAUUGCGUGUGAUUGUCAAAGAAUUCCAAAGAAUUGAUGUAAAUGUGUACUUUGCAUCACUUCAAGAUCAUUUGAUAGAAACGCUGGAGAAAUGUGGUUUCUUUAAUGAUAACAUCAGGAAGGACAUAUUUUUUAUGACUGUCCAUGAUGCUGUCCUCCAUCUCCAGAACCAGGUGAAAUCUCAAAAGGUUCAAGAUUCCAUUUUAGAAACGAUCGCCCUCAUCCAAGACUGUAAAGAUCCUCUUGAAUUAAUGGAAGCAGAAAUGAUUGAAGAAGAACUUGAUGUCCAAGAUGAGGCUAUUCGAAGACUUGCUUCCUGA